AUGAACAUUUUUCGGUUCGCCGGUGACAUGACGCACCUGUGUAGCAUAGUCGUUCUUCUGUUGAAAAUAGAGGCGACGAAAUCGUGUGCUGGAGUUUCGUUGAGGACUCAGGAACUAUACGCCGUCGUUUUCGUGAGUAGGUACUUGGAUUUGUUUUUCACUUUCAUCUCAGUGUACAACACUGUUAUGAAAGUCUUCUUUAUUACCAGCAGCUUCUGUAUAAUAUGGUACAUGCGGCAUCAUAGGAUAGUAUCACAGACGUAUGAUCGUGAACAGGACACAUUUCGUGUCGCAUUUCUCGUUGUACCGUGCAUUUUCCUUGCACUGCUGGUCAACCACGAAUUCUCCAUGGUGGAAGUGUUGUGGACUUUUUCAAUUUACUUGGAAUCGGUCGCGAUCUUACCGCAGCUCAUCUUGCUGCAGCGGACAUUUAAUGUUGAUACACUGACCAGCAACUAUGUCUUCUUGUUGGGCGCAUAUCGCGCCUUGUACAUAUUAAACUGGCUGUAUCGGUAUUUUACAGAGCCGGGAUAUUCACAGUGGAUAGUCUGGAGCAGUGGAACUUUGCAAACUGCGAUUUAUUGCGACUUUUUCUACUACUAUGUCGUGAGUUGGCGAAAAAAUGAACGCCUGUCGCUACCUAGUUGA